AUGAAGCGUAGCGCUGAGGCCAUGGACAGCAGAGACUCGAACGACGGUGACUGCAGUAGCGGCCGAUCCGGUCGUAAGCGCGUACGGUCUGCCGACGAACGACGCAGCCGCAAUCGGAACGAGGGCAUAACUGUGAAGACGUUGGCAGACGAAAAGGAGACGGACCCCCAUCGACUAGCGCAGCGUCAAAAGCAGAUUGACUACGGCAAGAACACGAUCGGCUAUGACCGUUACUGUGCUCAAGUGCCGAGGCGCGAGCGUCGUCGAGGGAAGCAUCCAAUGACUCCAGACAAGACCUUGUGCGUGGGCAAGAAGGUGUUCGACGGCUUCGUGCGCAAGUGGCGGCAAGCGCUGCACAAGUACGACCCGCCCGAGCUAGCAGAAGUGACGCUGGCCGCUAGUGCUGCAAGAAGCUCGAGGACCGCAUCGGAGGAGAAGGGGAGUGCAGAAGGGAUCGUCCCCUCGUUGGAACAUGCAGCAGCAAUGGCUACUACAUGUGCCUCGACCACAACAUCGAGUGUGUCAGACGCGAAGAAGACGACAAGAACAGGAGACGAACGUGCCGCGACGCUUCGUCGAACGAUCUACGAAACCUUCGAUGACGACACAGUUGAAGCAGACGGGCACGACUCGGACGACGACUUGCUGUAG